AUGACAUGGCGGAAACCCGUCCACCUGCGCGACGAGAGCAAGGAGUCGCGCAAUGUGAAGGAAUUCUACCGCUUCCUCGCGUUGACAUCGCGCUCGUUUGUAGCUGUCUGUCAAGAGCUUCACCCGGAGCUGCUUUUGCCAGUAGUUGUCUUCUACCUCGUUCUCCGCAGCCUCGAUACUAUUGAGGACGACAUGACCAUUGGCAUCGAAGAGAAGGAGCCCUUACUACGUAACUUCUACACCCGCAUCGACGAGGAGAACUGGGCCUUCGAUGGCAGUGGCCCUGAUGAGAAGGACAGGGAGGCGCUCGUCAAGUUCGACUGCGUAGCCAGAGAGUUUAAUCUGCUCAAGGACGAAUACAGGGCAAUCAUUAAGGACAUCGCCAAGGGAAUGGGCAAUGGCAUGGCCGACUACGCGAAAAUGGCAGAUGAAAAUGCCAACGGUCUGAGUGUCAAGACUAUCAAGGACUAUGAGCUAUACUGUCACUACGUUGCAGGCCUCGUCGGCGAACUUCGUGGGACCGGCCCUCCUCACGUAGAAACCCAAGCUGAUGGAGUGAAUGGGUCAGCUCCUGCAGCAAACGAACAUUAUCCGCGACAUCCGGGAAGAUUACGACUCCAAACGAUACUUCUGGCCAGAGGAAGUCUGGUCCAAGUACGUGGAAAACUUCAGCGACCUCUUCUUGCCGCAAAACCGGGAGAAGGCACUGCAAUGCAGCAGUGA